UUGAAAAAAUUAUCUAAAGAUACCUGUGUAAAUGUGUGGUGACAUUAAAUUAAGAAGGAACUUAGUACAUGUAAUAACGGAACAUUUUUUAAGGUGAAUUGCAAUCUACUGUUUAAGUGAUCAUUUUAGUAAAUUCGGAUAAAUAACUAUUCGAUUGCCAAUGUGGGUUAACUCGUCUUUUAUUUGAUAUUUACAGGACAAGAUGUUGAAAACGUCGAACAAAGUAUUUACAGCAUUAUUCGUACUUAUAAUGAUAUUAGUCAUAAUGGUGAAUUUGACAGUGCUAUGCUUUAUCAUUUACAGAAGUGUUAAAAAAUCUUCAAAUAACAUUUUAUUAUUGUCCCUUUGUAUUGCGGACCUUUGUGUUGGUAUUUUUGUUAUACCAAACCAGAUUUUCAUUGUCUCAACCGUAGCAGAAUGGAGCCCUGUUAUGUGUAAAAUGUGUCUUUACAUGGAAUUCACUGCGGCAUUUGCAAGUGCAAUGACCUUGACCUGUAUUGCAAUUGAUCGUUUCCGAGCGAUUAUGUCCCCAAUCAAAUACAAACAAACAAAAGAAAAAGUGUCAAAAAUAACGGCCGUCAUUGUAUGGAUUUCUGCUUUUCUCUACUCGUUCAGGGCUUUGUUUGUGUUUGACGUUAUUGAAGCUGAGAUGACAAUGAAUAAUAUGACAGUUAUUCAAAAAAGGUGUACCGUACCGAUCAAAAUUCAACCAUAUCACAACGCUUUAAUUAUAACUGAUUUCAUCCUGUUAUUUGGAGUGCCUGGAAUUGUAUUACUUGUCACCAAUAUCGUAGUUUCAGUAUAUCUUAAUAAACAAAAACUGUCAAAUUCCGAUCAGAUGAUCCAAAAAAGACAAAAGGCUAUACGUUUGCUUAUUGCAAUGGUCGCCAUUUUUGUCACAUGUCAUUUGCCGUUGUUUGUUAUAAGACUUUGUAUGUUAACACACAAAGUCGAAAACGGAAUGGUUUGGAUUCGAUCUUUUCUCGUGUUGUCUUUCGUUAAUAGUUUUAUCAAUGUCUUUUUCUACAGUUCGCUCAAUGAAGAUGUAAAGAAACUGAGAAAUAUAAUCUUGAAUAGAAUUUGCUUUUCUGGUCAGGAACGUACGACUUCAUCUGUGCAUCCGCUUACGACGUCUGUAACAAACUUGACAUAAGUGUUUCCAUUUGACCUCAUAGAUGUUCUUUUAAAACAUUAGAGAAGAGACCUAACAGUUAUUACAAAUACAAACAACGAUCCCAGUGCCUCAGACUAGUGCUGUAAAAGAAUUUUUUGUUAUCUUGAGGUGGAACACCAGAGUACCAUUAUAAAACAUGUCUGAUUAAAAGAACAUUUAGCUAUAGAAAUCGGAACAGUAAAUAACAAUUCAACUACAUAUACGAGCUGAGUAAUCAGAAAGACGAACUGCUUUAGAAAUCGGAACACCAGAGAACAGUUCUAAUACGUGUAUAAUCAGAAAAAAAUCAGAUCUAUAUCGGAACACUAGAUAACUUCACGAAUACUCAAAAGGACAAACUGCUAUAGAAAUUGGAACACCAGAGAACAAUGUCAAAACAUGUGUCUACUCUGAUUUACUAACAGAUAUAGAAAUCGGUAUACCAAAGAACAAAUCUAGCACAUGUAUAAUUAGAAAAAAACAAAUAGCUAUAAAUAUCGGAACACUAGAUACAUUUUUUGUAACAAUCCAACUACCGGUACAUGCACAUGUGUACUCAAAAGGACGAACUUCAAUAUAAAUCAGAACACCAGAGAACAAUUUCAAAACAUGUGUCGACUCUGAUCAACAAAUAGCUAUAGAAAUCGAAACACCAGAGAACAAUUCAAACACAUGAUAUAUAAUCAGAAAAAAACCCCGAAUAGCUAUAUAAAUCGGAACACUAGAUACCAAUAUCACUACACGUCUACUUACAAGGACAAACUGCUAUAUAAAUUGGAAAACCAGAGAACAAUUUCAAAACAUUGUCUACUCUAAUCAACAAACAGCUAUAGAAAUCUAAACGCGAGAGAACAAUUCCAGAACGUGUGUCUACUCUAAUUGACAAAUAGCUAUAGAAAUCAGAACACGAGAGAACAAUUUUAAAACGUGUGUAUUCUCUGAUUAACAAACAGCUAUAGAAAUCGGAACACAUGGACACAAUUUCAAAACAUGUGUCUACUCUUAUAGAAAACUGCUAUAGAAUUCGGAAUACCAGAGAACAAUUUCAAAACAUGUGUCUAUUCUUAUGAACAAAAAGCUAUAGAAAUCGGAACACCAGAGAACAGUUUCAAAACAUGUGUCUACUCAGAUAAACAAACAGCUAUAGAAUUCGUAACAUCAGAGAACAGUUUCAAAACAUGUGUCUACUCUGAUUUAAAAACUGCUCGGAACACCAUAUGACAAUUCAAAAAAAAAUGUAUAAUCAGAAGAUGUAAUUUUAUGAUCUAUCGCUAUGAAUUUGAUCCAAGCAUGAGAAAUGACAUAUGUUCUUACCUACUUCCCCGCCUUAUAUUGGUAUCGUCAAUUAAUUAUAAUGCAAGUCAACAAUAAUUAGACUGAAAAUGGUGGUAAAGUUUGUUGGUUCUAUUGUUUUGUUUGGUAAGAAUUAACUUUGUAUUUAUGUAAAGAAACAAAUUGGAAAUAAAGGAAUCAAUUUAGACGUA